AUUUCUUUUCUUUCUUUGAUAAAGCUUCUCCGAUAUUUCACAACUACUUAAUUCUUCUGGAAAAAGCAUCAACAACAAGAACAAAAAAUGGUGGCUGUCUUCUACAAAGACAUGUUGAGCUGGUACUUACUCACCCUCAAGAUCCGCGAAAAGCUCGAAACCGAAAACCAAGGAUCCGAACCGGUUAACCAAGAUCAAAACCUCCUCCCUUUACCUGAAGUCACCAGAUCCGAUCAAGACCAAAACAAUCAUAACCACGACCAGACUCUGUCCGAAACAGGUAAGAUCGAGGUAACCAAAGAGAUCCCAAAAGAGACACGAGAUGAUUGGGCGAUCUCAAUCACUGACAAACUCGAGCAAGCAGAUAGAGAUGACGACACGACCAUCUGGGGAAAGCUCUGUAUCUACAGAGUUCCAUAUUACUUGCAAGAAAACGACAACCAAUCGUAUUUUCCUCAGACCGUGUCUCUCGGUCCGUACCACCAUGGCAAGAAACGGCUCCGGUCCAUGGACCGUCACAAAUGGCGCGCGGUCAAUAGAAUCUUGAAACGUACGAACCAAAGCAUUAAAAUAUAUAUUGACGCAAUGAGAGAGCUCGAGGAGAAGGCUCGAGCUUGCUAUGAAGGUCCUUUGGGUUUGAGCAGUAACGAGUUCGUCGAAAUGCUUGUUCUUGAUGGUUGUUUUGUGCUUGAGCUCUUCAGAGGAGCCGUUGAAGGAUUCACGGAACUCGGAUAUGCACGCAAUGAUCCGGUUUUCGCGAUGAGAGGAUCGAUGCAUUCAAUUCAACGUGAUAUGAUAAUGCUGGAAAAUCAACUUCCUUUGUUCGUUCUAAACCGGUUACUAGAGCUACAGCUUGGUACAAAGAACACAACCGGUUUAGUAGCGCAAUUAGCAGUUCGGUUCUUUGAUCCACUAAUGCCAACAGACGAGCCAAUGACCAAAACCGACCAGUCCAAACUCGAGAACUAUCUGGCAGGAGAUAAAGCCUUUGACCCAUUCGCCGACAUGGGCGAGUUGCACUGUCUUGAUGUUUUCCGUCGAAGCCUGCUCCGGUCUAGUCCUAAACCGGAGCCGAGAUUAUCAAGAAGGAAAUGGUCUAGGAACACGCGUGUGGCGGACAAGCGCCGACAACAGCUGAUACAUUGCGUGACGGAACUGAAAGAGGCCGGUAUAAAAUUCAGGAGAAGAAAAACCGACCGGUUUUGGGAUAUUCAAUUCAAUAACGGUUAUCUAGAGAUACCAAGGCUACUUAUUCAUGAUGGUACGAAAUCUCUUUUCUUGAACCUUAUAGCAUUUGAGCAGUGCCAUAUUGACUCAAGCAAUGACAUAACGUCCUACAUAAUCUUCAUGGACAAUCUAAUAGAUUCUCAUGAAGAUGUGAGCUACUUGCACUACUGCGGUAUUAUCGAACAUUGGCUAGGGAGCGAUGCUGAGGUUGCGAAUCUGUUCAACCGGUUAUGUGAAGAAGUUGUUUUUGAUACAGAAGAUAGUUAUCUAUCUCGGUUAUCAGCUGAGGUUAACCGUUAUUACAAUCAGAAGUGGAAUGCUUGGAGAGCUGCCUUGAAACACAAGUACUUCAACAAUCCAUGGGCAGUUGUGUCUUUCUGUGCUGCAGUUAUUCUACUAGUGCUCACAUUGUGUCAGAGUUUUUAUGGUGUUUAUGCUUACUAUAAGCCACCACCUUAAAAUUCCACUACUUUUAUAGCUUACUUUUCUUUAUUCAAAAGAAAAUAUUUCUGUGUGUAAUCCUUAUCUCAAGCAAGAACGUUGAUAUUGUAA